AUAAAAAUAAGUAAAUUCCAUAUAAAUGAUAGUAAUCUCAUAUAUUUUUUUUCCCCAAGUAGGGCAUUGCUGAGUGUCCGACUUGGCUGAAAUGAAAUUCUACUCACCAAAACCAAAAGGCAGUAGUUGCCAGCCACUGCGAAAGUAGAGAAAGCAGGUACGCCUACUCUCUUUCGAAAAAAUGGUGCUGUUAGCAGGCAAAGUUUAGAUGACUACUUAACACACCUCUGUAACCCUAUUUGCCGCCAUAUAUAUGUGAGAAAGGGAACAGUUAAAGGUGCAACGCAUUGAGUGAUCAUAGCUUCUCAUCUCUGUUCCCAUAAUGGCAGAGAAUGCAGUAAUUGAACCCUCGAAAAGAACGCACAUCAGGCAACCACCAUCAAUUCCAUUUCUCUGGGAGGAAAGGCCAGGAGUAGCAAAAAAGGACUGGAGACCUGUGGUUUCUCCAGUUACUACCCUAGCUCUACCAUCUCCAGUCAAGCUUGUUGCCUCGGUUCCUUUCAACUGGGAGGAAAAACCUGGAAAGCCUCUAUCGUGUUUCUCACAGCCAUCAAUGACACUUACGACCUGGAAAGCCUCUGAACAGCUCAAUGUUUACAGUUUCGACAACGAGGAAAGCGGCGGCAAUGACAAUCACAGGAAUAACGAAGAAGGAAUGUUUGACUUGAAUCCUGAAUCAUUCAGUUUUGAAACAGACGAUUCAUUCAGCUCCGCACCCUCUCUCUUGGCAAGUUGCCUGGUAUCGUCAUCAGCAGUUUCUAAUGCUGUUCCAGUGCUAAACACUUCCGCGAAAAAUGACAACAAUGACCAGUUAGAAACCUAUUCCUCACCUGCUUCUUAUGAAACUGGCAUUUCAAGCCUUAGAGGGACUUCUUUCUUGGAGUGUCUCUUUCCAUUAUAUACACCCAAUUCUGGUUUUCUUGGGAAGGUUUCAUACUCCAAAAACAGCUCCCAUACUCCUCCAGAGCUAAAGAGCUGCUAUUUUGAUCAUGAAAGGUACAGUAAUGUCAUGGCAAAGAAGCCAACAACACUUGGAGAAUUGAUAAUGAUGAGCCGGAGGAGGAGCUGCCAGAGAAAAGCUGUUCUAAUGGGAAAACAGAAUCUAUCAAUGGAAUACUUAAAUGGGAAUGCUUGGGGCUGCUGUGUCUUUGGUGCUGGCAUCAAAAUGGUUGAAGGAAUGCAGAGGAAAAGGCAUCACGCAAAAUUGAAGCUAACAUAGGUAAAUCUUGUGGUUCAGAAUCACCCUGCGUUCAGUUUGCUCCAUGACGCUUCUCUCCACAAAUUCGUUUUAGCUUUCAACUUCCGGGCGAAAGGAUAUAAGCAUUUUAUAACUUCCACAAUGUUACUACAUGCUGAAUUCUUAGAACUUCAAGAAACGUGAACUUUAACUUUUUCAUUAACUCAGUAACUGGAAAAAUAUCCAUAUGUAUUGUUGAAAAAAGUGCUCUCUUAUAUAGCAAAUCUAAAGGCAAUCAAGACUGAAAAAAUUCACUAUGCAAGUUUACAAUUCAA